UCAUUGAUGUAAGCAGCGCCCACGGUUUAAAUGAGCCUCGUUCAGAAGCUUUGCUUAGUUCAGACCCGGAGGAGAGCAGACGGAGUCGGACUCUCUUCCUCCUCCUCUUCUUCUUCCUCCUCCUCCGUACUCUUCCUCUCUCUGUCUCUCUCUCUUUCUGUCUCUCUCCAUCAUCGAUUCGCGUCUUUUGGAUACCCAUCUCUCCUAGAGCGCAUCAGCCCGCUUGGAUCAGUCCAUCCUCCAGCUGUCAUCCCGCUGUAGGGCCCCUGGAAGCCGUGUUCCCGGUGAUGAUGCCUGGCUGAAGGGCUCGCAGCAGUGCUCCUCCUCCAGCCAGACCCCGCGUGGCUGCCGACUGAACGAGAGCCCGGUGCCGCCUGUCUUCUCGGAGCGGGGCUCUGCGUAAUGGAUUAACGGUGGUCAGACAAAAGUUGGGUUUUGUGAAGAGCCCCGUGGACCCCUUAAAAUGGACAAGAAAGGAGGGCGUUUUUAGAAAGGUGCUUUUGGGUUGGAAUCACACCGUGAGAGGAGAUGCACAGAGCGUGGAUACUCUUCUUUCUAAUAGAAGAGGGUUUCGCUCUGGCACAGAGAACUAAAGAUUCCCCAGGCGAGCAUGGCGCCCAGAGCCCUAACCAGAACGAGUGUGGCACGUGGGUCCGCAACAUCAAUGGUGGGGUGUUCACGUCGCCGAACUACCCCAACACCUACCCGCCCAACAAGGAGUGUGUUUACAUCCUGGAAGCUCUUUCUAGACAAAGGAUUCAGCUGGCUUUUGAUAAGAAUUACUACAUCGAGCCGUCGUUCGAGUGCCGCUUCGAUCACAUCGAAAUCCGGGAUGGGCCAUUUGGGUUCUCGCCGCUCAUUGACCGCGUCUGUGGGGGAAAGAACCCCGGCCUGGUCACAUCGACGGGGCGUUUCAUGUGGGUCAAGUUCACCAGCGACGAGGAGCUGGAAGGCCUUGGCUUCCGCAUUAAGUACACCUUCAUUGCAGACCCUGAUUUUCAUCUGCACGUGGGCGGACUGCUAAACCCCAUCCCAGACUGUCAGUUUGAAACUAGUGGAUGGGAUGGGAUUAUUCGCUCCAGUCAGGUGGAGGAGGAAGAGAGCGUGAAGCCUACUGAUGCUCUGGACUGUAUCUGGACCAUCAGGGCUCCUCCUCAGUCCAAGAUCUACCUGCGCUUCAUGGAGUACCAGAUGGAACACUCAAAUGAGUGCAAGAAGAACUUUGUGGCUGUGUAUGAUGGCAGCAGUGCCAUUGAGAACCUGAAGGCCAAAUUCUGUAGCACAGUUGCCAAUGAUGUGAUGCUGGAUACCGGUGUGGGAGUCGUGCGAAUGUGGGCUGAUGAGAAGAGCCGACUCAGCCGAUUCCGCAUGCUCUUCACCUCAUUUGUUGACCCCCCCUGUUCAGCCAAUACCUUCUUCUGCCACAGCAACAUGUGUAUUAACAACUCGCUGGUGUGCAACGGAGUUCAGAACUGUGUCUACCCAUGGGAUGAAAACCACUGCAAAGAGAAGCGAUCUAAGGGGCUUUUUCAUCAGAUCACCAAAACCCAUGGCACUGUCAUUGGUGUCUCAUCAGGCAUAGUUCUGGUUCUUCUUAUCAUCUCUAUCCUGGUCCAGAUGAAGCAGCCAAGGAAAAAGGUUGUAGCUCGCCGGCCUGGUGUUUUCAACAAGGCAGGCUUCCAGGAGGUCUUCGACCCGCCCCACUACGAGCUCUUCUCCCUACGCGACAAGGAGAUAUCCUCAGAUUUGGCUGACCUGUCUGAGGAUCUGGACAGCUUCCACAAGCUGCGGCGCUCCUCCACCAUGUCUCGCUGUGUCCACGAGCACCACUGCGGCUCGCAGGCCUCUGUAGCUACUGGAGGCGGCAGCAUGAAGCACAGCCGCACCACCCUCAGCUCCUUGGAGCUGUCCUACCACAACGACUUCUCCAAGCCACCACCCAUGAAGACGUUCAACUCCACAGCCAGCUACAAGAAGAGCUGCUACGGCUACAAGCAGCACUCACAGACUCACGACUGCGACCAGAAGGUCAUCGAGGACUUGGUCACAGAGGAGAUCCCAUGUGAGAUCUAUGGGCGUGGUGGAGCAGGAGUGGGAGGAGGAGCCACAGGCGGAGCAAUGGGAGGAGUAGGAGUAGCAUCAGGGAUUGCAGGAGGGGGAAUUGGAGGAGUGGUGGGGAUAACAGGAGGAAUGGCGAUGGCUGGGGGAAUGGGCAUGGCGGGACCUAGUGGCAUCGCUGGAGGUAUUGGUGGGAUGGCAGGACCCUGCGGAACCCUCAGUGUCCGUGGCAACAGCUCUCGUAACAGUACCACCAUAGUUGACCCACAACAGCGCUCCAUGUCCAUGGACUUUUAGAAGGUGAACGGAGAAAGAAAAGGAGAAAGGGAAUGCAGAAAGAGCUUGCAUCUCACUCAUGGAAAGAUGAAAUGGAGGAAGAGAAGACAGGAGAGACCCAAUAAUCUUGGCUUGAUCACUCCUCUUCCGCCUUUGCUUUCAAAGCAGUAUUACAAGCAUUGCACACUUAAGGUCAGAUCUUCUCCUCACAAGGUUUUGUCUGAAGAUUUGGAAAAUCAAGGAUCAAAAAGAGGUUAAAGAAAACCUGGGCUAUUCUUCAGGAUGCUGAAGGAUGCAGGGUUAGGAGACAUCUUGUUCUCCUCAAGUCUCAUUCUCAUUUAAUCUCUCCUUUUCAUAAGACACAUAGCUCGCAUGCAGACCCAGACUGCUCUCUGAUUGGUAGCCUAAAAGACUAGGUAACCACUCAGAAACAAGGAGAGAAAAAGAUGAAGAGACGUCCUGGACUGAGUUUCUACAUGUUGUCCCCUGCCAUGCACAGAUAUAUCAUAUAUAGUGCAUCUUCUAAUAAUUUUAGUCUUUAUUUUUGUCAGUGUACCGUACUGUUAAAACCAGUAUAUAUCCAGCCUCAUGAUGAUGCUUGGCUUUUAACUCUUUAAUCUUUUUCAAAUGUUACUUGGGUGAUUUUUUUAGAUAACUUAUCGAUGACAUGGUGUUGAUGACGAUGAGGAGGAUGAUAACAAUAUUUGUGAUGUGAUAUUACUAUAAUAAUGCUAUAAUUUUCAUGGUUACCUCAAACAUACACAGAAGGCCUGUUCCAUUCAGUCUCUCCUCAGGAAGAGCACAUGAAGAGACGGUCUUAUUUUGGUAAGAAAGAGAAAAAGAAUAUUUCUGCUGGUGAGCUUUAUAGUACAUAAACAUUAAGGAUAUUAGUGAGCGUUUAUGGAAUAUGAAAUGUCUGGUUGUGAGACCUGGACUAAAUCAAAAUAGCAACCAUCCCACCCUAACUAGGAGAAAGUGUAAUUUCUCAAUUGCCCCAUGAACUAUGAAGUGUGUAAAACAAGCACAACCUGUUUCCCUAAAGAGACAGACAUGUAGCCUAUAUGCGACUCAUUUAUGAUUUUAACCACUGGUUGUAUAAUUUCAUUUUGUUGAAUUAAAUGAGAGCUUACUCGCC